UAAUCACGUUCUUCUUCUUAGCUCGUUGAUAGAGCCAGGGUAUUACUAAUGAUUUAUUCCGUGAAUCUUGUGUACGUAGAUAUUUGAAUUUCCUCUUAUUCGAUGUUCCAGUUUACCGAAUUAAUAUAAUAUUAUUAUUAACCCACCGAGUUCGUUAUCACUUAUCAUUUAGCACGACCGAUGACAAAAAUAAUAUAAUAUUUAACGGCUUAUCGUUUUCUGUCUUUUGUGCUUUGCGUUUUUAGUCGAUCGCUGUCGUUUUUUGUCUACGUCGGCAGUUAUAUAGUUGUAUAAUAAUUAUUUACGUGACCACAAAUGGCGUUAAAAAACAAGCCGCAAAUUAACAGAUAACAUAUACAUAUCUCUAUGGCUUCAUCAAUUUUACAAUUUUUUGUGUGAUUGUUUUACCGACAAGUGACAACGCGACUAGCUGGAAGUCAGUUACGACGUCACGUUGGUCGCCCAGUCGCAACGAUCAUCCAAAAGGUCAUCCUUUGCGACGGCUUUGUCGAGUAUUCUAUCCGCGGUUAACAAGACCACUACGCGUCUCUUCAUCGUUCAUUACAAAGGAGGCUUCGAACGAAAAUUCGCCGUCCAUACACGAAUUGGCGUUGUAAAGAUAUCACAAAACAAAAAAUGUCUAAUACCAUUUAUGAAGAAUCUCUUUGUGUUGACAAGUCUUUCAUAUCCACUUCAACAUCUUAUAGAUUCAUACAUACAACUAGUUCCAAAUUUUAUAAUGAUUCAUCUUUGGUGCCAAUUUUUUGUAAUCGUUCAUCAACAAAUCUUGGUGUUCGUAAAGUUUCUUCAUCCAUUCAUAAAUUAGACUAUGGCGUUUUUAAAUUAAAAGACAGUUCAAAUGUAAAAGAUCCAGUUGCUUUUUGUGCCCCAUUAAUAUCUUUAAAUCAAGAACCUUCAAAAAAAUUAAGUUUAAUUUCUUGUUUCCGAAUGCAAAUGAAUCAAUCAAAUUCUUAUCCUAAAUAUGAUUUUAAAUUUUCGAAAAGUAAAAAUCUUAAUUUAUACAAAAGUAUUUAUCAUAAACGUAUUAAUUUAGAAGGUCAGAUAAAAGUAGAUUUUAUGUAUUAUUUAUCAAAGCGUUAUAAUUUUGUUCCUGUAACUGAGAAAAUAUUUUCAUUUAUGUAUGGAAAAGACAUUUUGGCAAUGUCUAUGGUAUCUAAAGCUUGGCAUAAUGCAAUAAAAUAUUCACCUUCAGCUAAACAAAAGAAAAAAAUGUAUGUAACAUACAUGCAAUCUGAAAAAGAAAAUCAUGGACACGUUGAACAAAGACGAUUCUAUUUAAAAAGUAGAAGAGUCUUAAGUGAUAUUAGUAAUAUCAUGCGUUUUCCUUUAAAAUAAAAUGGAUAUUCAAGAGUAUAAACAAAUUAAUAUUUCAAUAAGGUUCCUCACAAGUUUUCACAAGUGAACAAUUGUCAUUAGUAUGUAAUUCUAUUACCAAAAUUUCUCUAUUAGUGCUUAUAAUAU